CUAUCAAUCAAUAUUAAAAAAAUAUGAAUACUUCAAGAAUCUUGGAUUUGUUUCUGCUAAAGGUUGCUACUCUCAUCAUAUUCAUCACCCUUUGCACAACACCAAUUCAGGCAGAAAAUUCCAGUGCGGUGAAGGUAGACGUUGGUGUGAUUCUUGAUUUGAAGACGGGGUCUGGGAAGAUGGUGCAGAUAUGUAUGUCACUGGCUCUUGCUGAUUUCUACGCCACUCGCAGCAGCCACAGUGCCCGCAUUUCCCUCCACUUCAGAGACUCCCAAGGCGAUGAUGUUCUUGCAGCAUCUGCAGCCAUAGACCUGUUGAAGAAUGUGAAAGUCCAAGCAAUCUUGGGGCCUCAGAUGGCGACACAAGCAGAUUUUGUGAUAGAUCUUGGGGAGAAAGUGAAGGUUCCCAUACUCUCUCCAGCUACAAGUCCAUCACUUUCACCUAACCAAAGCGAGUACUUCAUCAGAGUGGCAUAUAGUGCAAGUGCUCAGGUUAAAGGCAUUGCAGCCAUCGUUAAGGCAUUCGAUUGGAGAGAGGUCAUGUUUGUGUAUGAGGAUAGUGACUUCGGAAGGGGUGUUCUUCCCCAUUUGACAGAUGCCAUGAUGGAUGUUGGAGUAUCUGUAGCAUACAGAUGCGUCCUCCCACCUUAUGCUGAGGAUGAACAAAUCCUCAUGGAACUCUACAAGUUGAUGACGAUGCAAACAAGGGUUUUCGUCGUGCAUUUACAGCAAACCACUGGGUCUCGCUUUUUUCAGAAGGUGAAAGAUGAGGGAAUGAUGAGUGAGGGGUACGUAUGGAUGAUCACGGACACUUUCACGAGUCAUUUGAGCUCAAUGGACCCUUCAGAGAUUGAUGACAUCCAGGGAGUGAUAGGGGUGAAGCCCUACUUGCAGCGGGUGAAGAACUUCACUACCAAAUAUACAAGGAAGUUUCAUGAGGAGAACCCGGAGACAGAUAGAGUUGAGGGGUUGGAUGUUUUUGGGUUAUGGGCAUAUGACAGCACGACAGCAUUAGCCACGGCAUUUGAGACAGUAGAUACUUCCCAUCAAGGAUUCGAGCCAGCGGUGAGUGGUGAGAGUCUGUCAGACUUGGAUGCAAUUGGGACCUCACAGUUGGGGCCUUCACUCUUAAAACCAAUCAGAAACAUCAAACUCAAUGGGCUAAGCGGUCAAUUCCACAUUGUUAAUGGAGAGUUGCAGCCAUCUGUGUUUCAGAUUGUGAAUGUGUUAGGUGGUGAGAAAGGGGUUGGGUUCUGGACGGAAGAGUAUGGGAUUUCCAAGAAGCUAAAGCAUAGUAGUCCUAGAGGUGUAUACACAGCCAACAAGGAUGAUCUGGGGGCAAUCAUCUGGCCAGGUGACUCCCACAUUGUUCCUAAAGGAUGGGAGACUCCCACAAAUGGAAAAAAGAAGUUGCGUGUAGGAGUUCCCGUUAAAGGUGGACUUGAACAGUUCGUGAAAGUAACGCAGGAUACCCAAACAAACAGAGUGACUGCCACUGGUUUUUGCAUUGAAGUUUUUGAGGAAGUAAUUAAGAACUUGCCUUUCGCUGCUCCGUUUGACUAUGUACCUUUCCCAAUCCCUGGCAACCAAAACCUUCCAGACUAUGAUGCUCUUGUCAGCCAGGUUCUUCUCGGGACCGUUGAUGUCGUCGUUGGAGAUGUGACCAUCUUAGCAAACAGAUCUGAAAGCGUGGAAUUCACACUGCCAUUUACAGAAUCUGGAGUCAUUACAGUUGUCCCAGUAAGGAAAGAUAGGAGGAGGAGUGCCUGGAUUUUCUUAAGACCUUUGAGAACAGAGCUUUGGGUGACAACAGGGGCUUUCUUUGUCUUUAUUGGCUCUGUGAUUUGGGUACUUGAACAUCACAUAAACAAAGAGUUUCAAGGUCCUCCUCACAAGCAAUUUGGGAUGAUCUUCUGGUUCUCCUUCUCUACACUCGUCUAUGCUCACAGGGAAAAGGUGAUCAGCAAUCUAUCAAGAUUUGUCAUAAUUGUGUGGGUCUUUGUAGUGCUGGUGCUUACAUCAAGCUAUACAGCCAGCUUAACGUCCAUGUUAACAGUACAACAGCUCCAACCCACCAUCACAAACCUUACAGAUAUAAUAAAGAACCAAGAACCAGUUGGAUACCAGGAGGGAUCCUUUGUCACGGGCCUUUUGAAGUUCAUGCAUCUUGAAAGCUCAAAAUUUCGGAAUUACAGUACGUUAGAAGAAUACGAUGAAGCCCUUACCAAAGGGAGCCAAAACGGAGGUGUUUCCGCCAUUGUUGACGAACUGCCCUACAUGAGGCUCUUCCUUGCAAAGUACUGCGGGAAGUACACCAUGGUUGGCCCAACUUACAAGACAGCAGGAUUUGGAUUUGCAUUCCCAAAAGGAUCGCCUCUGGUUCCUGAUGUGUCAAGAGCAAUCUUAAGUGUGAUGGAAAGUGAGAGUAUGGUGAGAAUUACAGAUAAGUGGUUCAGGAAUGAAACGAAUUGUUCAGAGCAAGAUGUAACUCUCCUUGCAUCAGAUAGCCUAGCACUUGACAGUUUCAAGGGAAUUUUCCUGAUAGCUGGUGUAGUAGCACUAUCUGCUCUUCUCAUCUUCUUUUUCAACUUCCUUAAUCAGAACAAAGAUAUCUUGGCAUCUGGUGAUCAUACGACCUGGCAAAAAGUUUGUGCAUUAGCAAGAGCCUUCUGCGAAGUAAAUGUGGUCUUGCCUGAAGUGACUGAAAAGUCUGGAGAAGAUAAUGAAGAGGUUUUGCCUAUGGCUACAACAUAUGAUGUAAAUUCCCCAUCAAGACAGCAAACCAGCAUUGCCCAAUCUCUGGCAGUCUUCACUUGCGAUGAGGGGUUAAUAACAACAGAACCACCUAGUCCACUUCAAGACACCAUGUCAGGAACAGAAGAUGCUGCUGAAGAAAGAUAACAUCGAGUCAUAGAUUACGUACAACUAUAACUUUAGGAAGUGUCGUACUAACUUAUGGUUGCACCAAGUGUUUAAUCUGAUCUGAAGAUUGAUAUCAAUUCUGCAUACAUUUCUGCUGAGAGCCUAUUUGUGCCAGUUAUCUUCUUCAAUCUAGCUAGUCGCACGGAGAACUUUAAACGGGGUGCUAUUUAAUCAAUUCUAUUAAAUGGUAACUGAACCU